GUGACCCUUUGGAAGACUUGGUAGGUUUCUAGCGAUGGUGGUGCUCCAUGUAAAGCGCGGCGACCGCAGCGAGUUCCUGUUCGAGACCUCGGUCUCUACCAGCAACGACAAUCUGAUCCGCUCGCUGUGUCGCUUGCAAAAUCUGCGUCUGCGUCUGGCGGCACUAGCUGAUGCGCUGGAAGGGCUCGGUCGUUACGGCGUGGCCAAGCCCCCACAAGAGCAGGGGCUGGACGCAUACCAGCAAGGAGCGGCUGACAAAAACCGCGGGGAAUUCUACGAGGCAGAUCCACUCGGUCACCGUACAGGUGAAGGUGUGAGUCCUCAACUGAAGGACGUUCUGGCGCGCGUGGCUGUCGACGCCAAAGCAAUGGUGGACAGCAAGGCGCAGUUAGCUCGGCGCGUAUGCAUUGUGCAAAGUGAGCUACUCGAGAAGCUGCAGAAUAUCCGUGGAGCUGUUGCCAUGGCCUUCCCUAUGGGGCUGCCAGCGCACGAUCCGGUCAAGCUCAUGCUGGACGCAGAGAGCGCGGAAGACGCGCUGGCUGACUCGUCGGCUGUGCUCGAAGUCGUGCCUGAGGACACAACGGAGCUCUGGUGGGCUGGCAAACAGUUUUUUAGAGACCAACAUGUGUGUGACCUCACAGGGAAAAACGAAAAGUCGACGCUCAUCGUCAAACUGCAGAAGAAAGGAGGUGGCGCUCCGAGUCGAGAACCGGGCGUGAGUGAGGAGGAACGCAAAGCGAUGAUGGCGUUCUACUUCAAAAAGCAACAGGAGUUGCAGCAGGCAGCAGAAGACGAUGCAGAGGACUACAUGAAGUCCUCCUGGGCGGACCCGAAGGCACUCAAGAACGCGCUGCGUGGCACCGGUAACAUUCGACCUUUUUGAUCAGGCGCAGCGGCUAGCCUAUCUUCAUCACGGUGAUCUUAACUCGCCUGGCACCAGUGUAUUUCUAGUAAUAGGCUAUGACAAUUCUAACAGCAAUCCAUUCUUUCUUCAACAAAAA